AUGGCCUCCUUCUUCGGGCAGGUGCCGGGCUCAGCUGCCUUGGUCAUGCUUCUCAUUGCAUCGCUCAUACCCACGCUGACAAUAGGUACCGCAGCACCGCAGCAGAGGGGCAAAUGCUCUCGCCAGACAGGUGAUACCAGCUGGCACCAGUAUGUUCGAGGCCCUUCCAGCACGACCAUCUCCCCUGUGGAGUUGCUGGCCUCGCACACCACAGGCAACAUCACCAAUCCGGACGGGAUCGUCGGCGAUGGAGUCACAACCCUCACUCGCAGCUCUGAGGACGAGGACAUGCCGACGAUCGUGCUCGACUUUGGACAGAAUUACCCAGGCAUCCUAUCCAUCAAUUUUGCGGGGGCGGAGGCCAGUGGAUCCUCUAGCAACACGAGUGCCCUGCCUGGUAUCACAUUGGCCUUUUCCGAAAGUCUCGAGUAUCUCACCAACAGAAGCGAUUUCACACGGUCGGACAAUCUCCCCGCUGGGGAAAAGGUCACAAAUGGGACAGACCAGGUCGCGGUGCAGAGCGAGCCGUACACCUGGACCAACCAGCUUGGAUGCGCGUAUGAAGGAAGCAAAGUCUGCUCCGACGGGUUUCAUGGCUUCCGCUAUCUAAGAAUUACCCUGCAGGCGCUGGCCUCUGACGCGCCGUACACCACAGGGUUCGGCUCUGUAUCCAUAGACUCUGUGAGUCUGGCAUACUCGGCGUAUCAAGGCACGCCCGACACCUUCACCGGAUGGUUCGAGUGUUCUGAUCCAGACAUUACGAGCUGGUGGUAUGACGCCGUCUACACAAACGACCUGUGCACGGAUAUCUUCCGCGCCAAUGAGUCGGAUCCGCGCGAUGCCAGUGACAACACGACAAUGCUGGGCAAGGUGGUGCUGUACGACGGCGCCAAGCGUGAUCGUGACCCGUAUGCAGGUGAUCUGGCCGUCUCGGCGCUGACGCUGUACCUCUCGCACAACAACCCAGAUGCGGCAAAAAAUGUUCUGUCUGACCUGGCAGUUCACCAGCGGAGCGACGGAUGGAUUCCGCCUGCCAGCAUCAACGAUUACACACUUGCUCUCUACGACUACCCGCUGUGGUGGGUGGUCUGCAGCAGCGAUUUGGUCCUGUACACGGGCGAUACAGAUUAUCUGGGUGCGUACUACGCAACAAUGGUCAACACCCUCGACACCUAUUAUCCCAAUUCCACGAAUGAGGCGGGCUUGCUGGAGAAGGGGCUGGGCACAUCGUCUGGCUAUGGCGAUUAUGCCUUUCUACCGCGGAGUGGGGUGAUUACUUACUACAAUGCGCUCUACAUUCUUGCCUUGAACAGGGCGGCGCUGUUAGCCGAUACCCAAGGCGAGACGGACGACGCGGCGAGGUGGAGGGCCCGGGCUGCCGGCAUUGGCCCCGCCCUAUUAAGCGAAAACUGGGACUCUACCGUCGGAGCACUCUACGACGGCGGGCCGUGCGGAACCAACGACACAGAGAAAUGCCCGACCCACGCGCAGGACGGUAACGGCCUUGCCAUUCUCUCGGGCGCGACCAACAACUCCUACGCCAGCUCUCUCGUGUCCACUCAGACCACAGUGGAGGAGUCCAUCUUCACCUUCAUGACCUCUGCGCUAACCCGGUUCUACGGCAAUGCCUUUUACGACAACUCUCUACUGAGCCCGUCAGACGAGUUUGACCAGCGCGUGUACGCCUUCAUCAGCUAUUUCGAGCUCGCGGCGCGGUUCCAAACAGCAGGAAACUUGACGACGACCACAGAUCCGACGGGCGUUGCAUCGAGUGCGUUUAACGAGUUGCGGAGGCUCUAUGGCCACAUGGCCAACAAUGACCCCUUUAGUACCUUUUGGGAGGGCAUCGGCCCAAACGGCAGUUACUAUGAGCAGGGCUAUACAUCCCUUGCACAUGGGUGGUCGACGUGUAUCGUGCCCUUGAUGCAGAACUACGUCCUGGGUGUGACGCCAACGGGCUCAGGCUUCUCGACUUUUGACGUGAAACCGGUCGUGGUGGGAGGUGGGCUGGAGUUUGCCAAAGGUGUCGUGCCUACGCCGAAUGGUGGGGGGAUCAGCGUCGGGUGGGAGGUUGCUGAUACUGGCACGGGGUCGGGGUUGACACUGACCAUUAGCACGCCUACAGAUACCACGGGGCAAGCCUUUGUACCUGUUGCGAGCAGUGACAAUACGGUGGCUCAAGAUGGUACCGUCAUUUGGACCCGUAGCGGCGGUGUUGUGUCGGGCACGGCGGGUGUAAGCUUCGAUGGUGGGUAUGUUGUUGUUGGCCUUGACGGUGGGAGUUCGCAUAACUUCACAACUACAGAAUAG